AUGGAAGCUUCUGCAAAAGACAUCCAGCAUCUAUUGGUGAUUAAAGAAGAGGCCCACCCAGAGGAGAGUCGCAGUCUGGACCAGGAGGACCCAAAGCCCCCACACAUCAAAGAGGAAGAUGAGGAACUCUGGACCAGUCAGGAGGCAGAGCAGCUGCAGGAACUAGAGGAGGCCGACGACACCAAGUUCCUGUCCACUGGUGUCCAUGUGAAGACUGAAGAGGAUGAGGAGAGACCUCAGUCUUUACAGUCUCUUCAGUGUCAGACUGAGGAGGGAAGAGAGGAGGAGCCUGGAGCCAAGAGCUUAGCUGGACAGUCUUGUUUUAGCUGCUCUGAGUGUGGGAAAGGGUUUAAACACAGGGGCAAUCUUAAUUUGCACAUGAGACGACACACAGGAGAGAAACCUUUUGUUUGUGGUGAUUGUGGGAAAAGAUUUACCCGACAGCAGUGUCUUAAAGUGCACAUGAGAUGCCACACAGGAGAGAAACCUUUUAGUUGUGGUGAGUGUGGGAAAAGAUUCAACAUAAAGGAGCAGCUUAAAAAUCACAUGAGAGUCCACACAGGAGACAAGCCUUUUGUUUGUGGUGAUUGUGGGAAAAGAUUUAUCCAAAAGGGGAAUCUUAACAUGCACAUGAGAUGCCACACAGGAGAAAAACCUUUUAUUUGUGGUGAUUGUGGAAAAAGAUUUACCCGACAGCAGUGUCUUAAUCUGCACAUGAGAGUCCACACAGGAGACAAACCUUUUGUUUGUGGUGAUUGUGGGAAAAGAUUUACCCAAAAGGGUAAUCUUAAAAGGCACAUACGAUGCCACACAGGAGGAAAACCUUUUAGUUGUGGUGAGUGUGGGAAAACAUUUACCACACAGGAGAUGCUUAAGCUGCACAUAAGAGUCCACACAGGAGAAAAACCUUUUAGUUGUGCAGAUUGUGGGAAAAGAUUUACCCAAAGGGGAAAUCUGAAGCUGCACACAAAGCGCCACACAGGAGAAAAACCUUUUAGUUGUGGUGAGUGUGGGAAAAGAUUUACCCACCAGUUUCCUCUUAAGGUGCACAUGAGACGCCAUGCAGGAGAGAAACCGUUUAGUUGUCAUGAGUGUGGGAAAAGAUACAUCACAAAGGAGGAGCUUAAAAAUCAUAUAGGAGUCCACACUGCAGAGAAACCUUUUCUUUGUGUUGAUUGUGGAAAAAAAUUUACUCGACGGCAGUGUCUUAACCUGCACAUGAGAGUCCACACAGGAGACAAACCGUUUGUUUGUGGUGAUUGUGGGAAAAGAUUUGCCCUCAGGGGGAAUCUUAAACAGCACAUGAAAUGCCACACAGGAGAAAAACCUUUUAGUUGUGGUGAGUGUGGGAAAAGAUUUCCCCACCAGUUUCCUCUUAAGCUGCACAUGAGACGACACACACAAGAGAAACCUUUUAGUUGUCAUGAGUGUGGGAAAAGAUUUACCCUAAGUGGGAAUCUUGAAACUCACGUGAGAGUCCACACUGGAAAUAAACCUUUUGUUUGUGAUGACUGUGGGAAAAGAUUCAUCACACAGGGGAGACUUAAAGAUCACAUGAGAGUCCACACAGGAGAGAAACCUUUUGUUUGUGGUGAUUGUGGGAAAAGAUUUACCCAACAGGGGCAUCUUAAAAGGCACAUCAGAGUCCACACUGGAGAGAAACGUUUUCUUUGUGAUUAUUGUGGAAAAAGGUUUACCACACAGGAGGUGCUUAACCUGCACAUGAGAGUCCACACAGGAGACAAACCUUUUGUUUGUGGUGAUUGUGGGAAAAGAUUUACCCAAAGGGGGAAUCUUAAGGUGCACAUGAGCUGCCACACAGGAAAAAAACCUUUUAUUUGUGGUGAUUGUGGAAAAAUAUUUACCCGACAGCAGUGCCUUAACCUGCACAUGAAAGUCCAUACAGGAGAGAAACCUUUUAGUUGUGGUGAUUGAAAUUUUAACAUUUAUACAGUUAAGUUUGGUAUUUAAGUUUCAAAAAUUUGUUCUGACAAGUGCCUUUGUGACUAUUCAUCUUUUAUAUGUUUAAAUUAAUAGUGUAAAUUUUCUCCCAUGUUUUUGAUCAUUUUUCUUUUUCAAGAGCCUCAGUGGGGGUGAGAGAUACCAGAAGUACUUCUGUUCCAGUUGUUUUUCUCAGGAUGUUACUGCUGUUUUUCAAGUUGGAGAUAGAGUUGUUUUAUUGCAGUGUAACAUCUUUUCAGUUAUUUUUUUUUGUAUAGCACAAAUCACAACAAAAGUCAUCUUAGGACACUUUACAAAGUAAGGCGUAGACCUUACUGUUAUUAUCAUCAUUACUACUAUUACUAGGUAAAAGAUCAAGCAAUCCCCCUUGAGCAGCACUCAGCGACGGUCCAGAGGUCCCUCGCCCCCAGCCAUGUGUUCUAGCUCCUCUGGCGGGAUUCCGAGGCGUUCCCAGGCCAAAUGAGAUAUAUAAUCCCUCCAGCGUGUUCUGGGUCUGCCCCAGAGUCUCCUACCAGUUGGACAUGCCCAGAAAACCUUCACAGGGAGGUGCCCUGAAGGCAUCUUGAUAAGAUGCCCAAACCACCUCAACUGGCCCCUUGCGAUGUGAAGGAGCAGCGGUUCUAGUCCGAGCCCCUUCUGGAUGUCUGAACUCCACACCCUAUGUCUAAGGCUACGUCCGAUCACCCUGUGAGGGAAAAUAAUUUCGGCUGCUUGUGUUUGCGAUCUUAUUCUUUCAGUCACUACCCACAGCUCAUCACCAUAGAUGAGGGUGGAAGCGUAGAGUGACUGAUAAAUGAGAGCUUUGCCUUUUGGCUCAGCUCCUUCUUCACCACAAUGGUCUGGUACAACAUCCACAUUACUGCUGAUGCUGCCCCUCUUCGUCUGUCAGUGUCAUGCUCGAUUUUACCUUCACUCGUGAACAAGACCCAGAGAUACUUAAACUCCUGGGGCAGCAGCUCACUCCCAACCCAGAGGGAGAAGUCAGCCAUUUUCCGGCAAAGGACCAUGUUGGUCUAAUAAUUUCAAAAACAGCUUUGCACCAGAGAGAAGUAUAGAACUGCUUUCAGAACUGCUUUUGUUUGAGGUCUUCACUAGUGUGAAUACUACAUAUUUGCACAGAACUAUGGGACAGACAACUAGAUCAGAAGACAUUAUAUGUCAAAUAUCAUUCAGAAAUCUCAGCUGCAGGCACCAAUAACUAGGUGUGGAGCACCAGGGCAUCAGAAACCAAUCAUCACUGCACUGCUUAGACUAUUAGAAACACUGUGCAGCAUAAGAUCUUCAAACUGAACUAAGACCUGAACUUUUCCUGGUUCUUUCCUCAGGCACAGUCUCUAAUACUGAAUCACUAUGAGACAGAGCUUUUCACUUAUUGAGACACGACUGAGUGUAAAACUAGCUGUGUUGUUGUUUAAUAGACAUGGCUGAAAUUAAAGAAACCCAGUUUGAUCAAAUUGUCAUUAAAGAUUAACAAACUUUUUCAUUGUUUUCCUUAUUACUUCUGUUGGUUUCAACCUGCCUACAUUUCAUGAAAGAUCCUCUCCAGAGACAUUUGCACAAAAAUAUGCUGCUAUAAACAAUACAUAGUCUAACAAACUAAAUUCACAAAACCUCUGACUCUUCUGGCAAAAUCAAACAAUUGCUUCAAAACCAUUUCACCAGCUCUCAAAAUCAAACAAUGAUUUCAGAUCAUACACACAAGAGUCAAUCAAGAGUCAAGAGUCACACUGCAGCUCGUUCAUUAGACACUACAUCAAAAAAUGGAGAACACAGUAUCCAGAGCAUGUAGUUACAAAAAAAGUUAUUGUAUAUAGUAAAAAACACACAAAGGAAAUCACACCUAGGUAUGGUGAAUUUAUUAAAAACCAUGUUACAAUCAAAAUAGAAGAAGAAAAACACAUCAGAAAGAUUAUUCUGACUCAGGAUCACAUCUUUGAGCUGGGCCCGGCCAGAGGACUUCAUCUAUAUCACAGUCAACGUUGUCCCUUGCCAGUUAACAGGCAAAAAAAAAAAACCCUGGUGUGGCAGAUCCAGCCUUGACAAGACUGCACAUCUAUGUCACCGCAGGCCAGUUCCAUUGCCUGUAAGAGAUUUUCCCUGGGUUUCGGUCCUAGACUUUCCACCACCAUGCAGAGAAAAACUCUUCUACUGGGUUGAGCAAAGGGCUGUAUGGUGGAAGGAACACAUUUAAAAUUAGCUGCUUGUUGUUGAACCACUCAUAUUCGGACACCAUGGUGAAAACUGACAUUGUCCCAAACCAUGACAUAGACAGGUUGCACUUCCUGCGAUGACCCUGUUGCUCUCCCUCAAACAAAACUUUUCUUAGACCAGCCAGAAAUGUGAGAAGAUGUUCAGUAUUGUAUGGCCCUAUGGUUACAUGUGCAUGGAGAACCUCAUGAUUGCUUAUGGCUGCACAAAGGGUGACAUUGCCACCAAGCUGACCAGGGACUUCCAUUAUUGCAUGUUGGCCAAUUAGGUUUCUUCCUCUCCUUCUCUUCAUAAGAUUGAAUCCUGCUUCAUCUACAAAAAUUCAUUCAUGGGCCCUUUCCAUGGAAUCCAAUUCCAACACACUCACGAAAAUAGUCAUUUACUGUAGCAAGUGAUACUAAGACUUUUACAGUAGUGUCUUUGUAUGCACUCGUGAUUUACACACAACAACAUAGUGCACUUUACAGUAACUGUAGGCUAGAAGCUCAGAAGUGUAUUGUCAGCAUCAGCACUGAACCCGUCUGAGCGUUUACUUAAUUGGACAUACUGAUGUCGUAGAUCUUUGACCCUUUCAGAGCUG